AUAUUUAGAGUGUAACAUGUGAGGAUCGUUGAUUUUUCUGAGGGGAUGUUUUUAGUCAUUUUCAGGGCGUUUUCAAAAAUACGCGAAGUUAAGCGCCACGCGUCAUUUCCCCCCAAAUACCGGCGGUGUGCUUGGAGUUAAAUAUUGAUUAGAAAUAUGAAUUCUUCAUGAAAAAAGGUGAGAAGCGAGACAGAGCAUAUUGACAAUACAAUAAAAAUGGAGGUAAAGAAAUUAAAACUAUAUACUUAUUUUUAAACUCACAGGAAUGUUUUAAAAAGUAACAAAAAUUAUGUUCACGCAGGAAUGGAUGAAUUUAGCAUUUCAAGCAGACUGUGUGCGCAUACGCUGUGCUAUGCCUUAAAUCAAGUUAUAAUAUAAGGUUAUCAAAUCAAGAUGGCGACUUCCAUUCGACACGUGAAGCGGCGCGAGCGCUUGAAGAAAUACAACAAAAUGAAGAGAGAAUCACGAAAACAGCCCGCUUUUCUAGAUGAACAGAAUUGGAAACCUUUCGAAGUGGAUAUGUCAGCGUUUGCUGACGAAGAGAUGGGUGGAUUCGUUGGAAUGGAGGUUUUAACUGAUUACGAUCCAAACAUGUUUAGAAAACUUACGAGUGGGACUGUGGGAAAGCAGGAUUCCAAAUCACUCAAGAAGGUUCAAGACGUCCAGAAACCCCUAGCCAGUAAAACAUCCAUAGAAAAGAAGGUGAAAGGGAAUAAAAAGAACAAGAAGAAAGGCACGACUGUAGGAAAUACCAUCACAAACCCUAAGAAAAGCACCUCAUCAAAAGACAAGCAAAACAAAUCUGCCAAUAUGAAAGCAAGGACUAAGCAGGAAACUGCCGUUGCUAGCAAGUAUGUGAAAGAUGCUUUGAAGAAUGAGGAGAAAGCAGCAAGCCCCGGAAAGUCAGGAGUAAGGAAGAGAAAAUCAGGAAGAGAGCGACUUGAAGAGCUUAGGGCUAAGAGGAAAAAGAGAAAGAGUGAACAAGGAGGAGAAGAACAAGAGAACUUGAGAGAUGUGGAAGAGGAGAAGGAGCCAAGGAAUGAGGAGGACAAAGACAAUGAAAGAGAGAUACCAAAUACUGAAGUUGCUAUGUCAAAGUGGGACAGCCUAUCUGUCCCCACCGUAGUGCAUCAAUCCCUGCAGUCCAUGGGAUUCACCCGCCCCACCCCGAUUCAAGCUGGUUGCAUACCUGCUGCUAUCAACGAAGGCAAAGACAUAGUGGGAGCAGCUGAAACGGGUAGCGGAAAGACACUAGCCUUUGGGAUACCUCUAAUAUACAAGCUACUGCAGCAUCAAGCAGCAAGGUCUUCUGACCCGACCUCAAAGACAAAGCCUAACCCAAGUAAAGACGGGACUGAUAUCACGAGAAUUGAACAAAGUCCAUCGAAUCACGAAAGGACAAACGAACAUGAAGACCAGGAUGUGGAUUUGAUGGUGGAGGUUGCGAGCGAUGGUGAUAUUAAUGAUGAUCUAAAUGACAAUAACUUUGAUGAUGACAUAGAUGAUGAUGUCGAGGAACCUGACAGCGAUGACGACACCGAUUCCGAGGUUGAUGACGCCAAAGGACGGGUUGACAUGCAGAGGCUCAAGUCGCAAAUGAAGUGCGUAGAUGUCAUCGAUAACAUCGCGGAUGAGGACUGGGUAAAGGCCGGGCUACCGUUGACCAGUACACCGGCCGGAGGGCUUGACCAACAACAGAAGCUCUUUGGACUAGUCCUGACACCCACCAGGGAACUGGCUGUGCAGGUCAAGAAUCACCUGGUUGCUGCAGCGAAGAUGACAAAUAUCAAGGUUGCGGUGGUGGUUGGAGGAAUGUCUGCCGAGAAGCAAAAGAGAGUUCUGAAGAAAAGACCAGACAUCAUAGUGGGUACCCCUGGAAGGUUAUGGGAGCUUUAUCAACUGGGCGAGCCUCAUCUUGCCAGUCUGCCUGAUAUACAAUGCCUGGUCAUCGACGAGGCUGACCGCAUGGUUGAGAAGGGUCACUACGCAGAGCUUUCAGAGAUACUUGACGUUCUAAACAGUUCAGAGCAGAAGUCAUCGCGACAGACCUUUGUGUUCUCAGCAACGCUGAGUCUAAUCCAUCUGGGUCCACUCAGGAAAUCACUCAAGAAGGCUUACAAACAAGACAAGAAGGAUAAACUAGACUCUGUAAUGGCCAAAGUUGGAAUCCGAGAAGAUGCUGAGGUGGUGGAUCUCACCAAACGAGAGGGCACCGCUUCCACUCUACUGGAGAGCAAGAUUGUUUGUGCUGUUGAAGAAAAGGAUAUCUACCUCUUCUACUUCCUGAGGCAGUAUCCAGGCCGUACACUAGUCUUUACUAACAGCAUAGACUGCAUCAGAAGACUGGUGUCUAUCCUUUCUCUGCUAGAAUGCACACCGCUUCCACUACACUCCUCUAUGAUUCAAAAGCAGCGCCUUAAAAAUCUAGAAAGAUUCACAAAGAAUCCCAAAGGGCUACUCCUGGCUACCGACGUCGCUGCCAGAGGCUUGGAUAUCCCAGAUAUAGAGCAUGUUAUACAUUACCAAGUCCCUCGAACAUCAGAGUCUUAUGUUCACCGUAGUGGACGUACAGCGAGGCAGGCCAAGUCUGGUUUAAGUGUGACCCUGUUAUCCCCCAACGAGAUGAACUUCUACAGGAGAUUAUGCAAGACACUCAACAGAGAGGAGAUUCCCAGCUUUCCGGUGGAGCAUAGUUACUACCAAGCUGUGAAGGAGAGGGUAGAUCUUGCUAGGGAUAUUGACAAACUUGAGCAUGUCCAUUCCAAGAAGAAACACCAGAACGAUUGGUUUGUCAGGGCCGCCAAGGAGCUGGAUGUGGACGUAGAUGAGCACUUGAAUCUUCACGACAUGGGGGAUUCUUCAGAGCAAAAACAAUUCAACAAAAAAAUAAGGAUGAUGAGAGGUCAUCUGAAAGCAUUGUUGAAGAGGAGAAUCUUUGCGGCUGGUUACUCGCAACGCUACCUGACUUCUCAAGGGAAACUGACCACUCCUUUCUCUCAAGCCACUGUUGGAUCUCACGAAGCAUUUUCCAAGCUGAAAGCUCGUAUCAAGAAGGACAAGGAGGAUGAUGGUAAAGAGAAGGAAAAGAAAAGGAAGAAGUUCAAACGGAUGGGCAGAUACCAGAAAAGGAAAUGAAGGACAAUCUUUUAAAAAAGAAGAUAGUUACUGAAUAUAGGCUAUGGGAGCAUAAGAAAUUAUUCAGAUUUUUCUUCUCAGAAUUUUUUUCAUUUGAUGUUUAUAUUCCUCAUCAUAGUGAUCACAUUUCGGCCAUUCUCAGAAAACAUUUCAUUGUCCCUACCAUCUUUCGGUCUACUUUCUUGCUAUCUUGCAUUCUUUCAGUGGCAUCAUGUAAGGAGAAUACGUAUUAGGAGCCAUCUCACGUGAGCUUUAAAUCCAGUGAUGCUCUAGCUUGAGUUUGUCAGCAUCCUAGCAUCAGCAAUCAUUGGCAGUUUUUUAGUUUCACCACAUCGUUAUCACCACCAUAACCAUAUCCACUACCUCUGUUACCGUCGCCAUCGUCAUCACUACCACCACCACCACCGUCAGCAUCAUCACCACCAACUUCAUCAUCAUCACCAUUACCACGAACAUCAUUACCACCACCAUCAUCACCACCAUCAUCAUCACCAUUAUCAUCAUCAUCAUCAUCACUAUCACAUCUUUAUUUAAUUUAUGCUCACAAGAAAAGUAUCUAGCAAAGAAAUGAUAUGAAGGACAAUAACACUUCAAAAUUUUGCUUGCAUAAUGCAGGUACAUGGCGGCAUCAUUUAUUUUGGAAAAAUUAUAAAAGAACACAGGUACAUGUACAGAUAAUUUUUUUUUCAUUCCUGGGCAAUAUCCUUUCAUUAAAGAUAAGUUUGAAUGUGUAAUACACAUAAUGUAAACAGUUUUUUCUAAAAAUUAGAAUUGUUUUAACAAAAUCAUUUUCAUUGCAUUUGUUAAAACAAAUAAGUUAUAAAAACCACAUCGAAUGUUUGUUUCGAUACAUCAUAUUACACAAAAUAAGCAAAAUCUGAAUAUAUCUGCCCUUUGAUUACCAUAUAAACAAAUUUCAGGUUAACCCAGUACUGUAAAAUGGACUUCCGAGAUAAAAAUUAGGUGACAAGUGUAUUUAAUUUUUCAGAAAUUAUCUUGAUUUGCAUAUCCACAAUUUUAAUGAUUUUCUUGAUUAAAAGUAGUGUUAGUGUUGGGCUACAAAAUGUUUAAAUCCAUCUCAUGUUUUUAAAAACAUGAUGAAUGUAUGUUUUAUAUUUAUCCAGUGAAAUAAGUUAUACAUAUGAUCAAUGAUGCAUCUGUACGCUCUAUAGUUUCAAACUGUAAAUAAAACUUUACAGAUUAUAAAUCAAAUAAUUUCUCUUGUGAAUAUAUCCAGCUGUGACAUGCGUGUGUGUGUAUUUGAGUUUUGUCAGACGUGUAUCAAUCAAAUAUGAUUAUUUCUGUCUGGGACCUACGUUUAACGUCACCAUCCGAAAGACUUGACCAGGGCUUGAACCUCAAACCUUUGCGUCAAUCUGUAACUAGCUUGGAUUAGUCAUUACAGGCACUUGCAACAACGCCCAUGCAUUCUUGAAUGGUAAAUUGCCAAUUCAUCUACUACCACUCACCACAUGGUCUACCUUCAUUUAGUCUAAUGCCAUUCCGUCCAACAUUUCGUCUAACAACUAUUUGGUCCAAUCAUCACUUCGUCUAACCAUUUGGUCCAAUCAUCACUUUGUCUAAUCACCACAUCGUCUGACCAUGUCGUCUCAUACCCAGUUGUUCUAAUAACCAUUUUCUUUUCAUUCACUUUGCCCAAUUAACACUUAUUCAAUUAGACCAAAUGCUAUAUGGACUAAAUGGCUAUUGGACCAACUGGUUAUUAGAUGAAAAUGAAAAUAAACCUUUGUUAAUUGCCA